GUUUCCUUCCAAAAACUCCAAUUGGGUUCUCAGAGCUCCAUCCCCAAGUUGUUCCUCAAUCUCGGUUUGAUUUGUCUUCACUCCCCUCCCCCCUUCCAAUUCUAUCUCCAAUAAUCCCCACAUACAGACACAAAACCCACCCUUCACUUGUUGCCGUAGCAACGUACCUCCCCCCCCCCCCCCUUCUCAAUUGAUACCUCUGUCCUCUUCUCUCCCCGCCGCAAACUUUGAGGUCAGUCCGGCCGGUUCUUUUUCUUGGGUUUUGUUGGUUUGGAGUGAGUUCAGUUAAUCCAAACUGGGUUCAUUGUAUUAUCUGUGUUUAAGAGUCAAUUCGAUGCCGAAGGUUGUUGUGAGGUGCUGUUGUGUGGUGGAGAGCAGCUCUAACAGUUCAGUUGAGAUUGACUGACUUCAAUAUGGAGUAUCAAUUUUCGACCAGACAGGAAAACAACGAUGAGGGCUCCUCCUCGUCUUCUAAAGCUGCUGUUGCUGACGAUCAAGUGAGGAACAUGAUUUCCGAGGAUAUGUUCAACAACAUUGCUGAGCUCAUGAACUUCGAUACUUACGCCGGGUGGUGCAGCAGCCCCGGGACUAUGGAGGACCAGAUUCCCGGGGUAUCCUAUCCGAGUUACUCGGAUGGAUCGAGUUUCCUCCCCCAAGCAGCAGCACCAUUGCCUGUGGGGACUUUUGAUGAUAGAAUUGGGUCUCACCCGAUGGACACCGCCGCCGCGGAGUUGGAUUGUGAGGAUGGUGCUAUUGAAAGGAGUAAUUUGCUGGAUUUGGGGGCAGCAGAGUGUGGGAUAUCGAGGCCGCAGGGAUGGUCACUUAAUGAGAAGAUGCUGAAGGCGCUGUCGCUGUUUAAGGAGUGUUCUGGUGGGGGGAUUUUGGCCCAAGUGUGGGUUCCGAUGAAGCAUGGUGAUCAGUCCUUUUUAAGUACUAGUGAGCAGCCUUAUUUGCUUGACCAUGUACUUGCAGGGUAUAGAGAAGUGUCGAGGAUGUUCACAUUCUCUGCAGAGGAUAAGGAGGUUUCUAGCAUGGGGCUUCCGGGCCGUGUGUUUGUCUCCAAAGUUCCGGAGUGGACAUCAAAUGUGAGCUAUUACAAGAAGGCUGAGUACCUGAGGGUGGAACACGCCGUGAAUCAUCACGUCCGGGGAUCAAUUGCCUUGCCGGUUUUUGAUGCAAGCUCUGGAAUGUCGUGCUGCUGCGCUGUGCUGGAGCUUGUCAGCACGAAAGAUAAACUUAACUUUGAUGCAGAGAUGGAGAUUGUUUGUAAUGCCCUGCAGGCUGUGAAGUUGAAGACCGCUACGCCACCUCGGUUUCUGCCCCAGUGCCUCUCAAGGAACCAGAGAGCUGCUUUGACUGAAAUUACUGAUGUCUUGCGAGCUGUGUGUCACGCGCAUACAUUGCCAUUGGCUCUCACCUGGAUUCCUUGUUGCUACUCUGAGGGUGAUGGAGAGGGAAUCAGAAGAGUACGUGUUCGAGAUGGUGUUACAGAUUCAAAUGAAAAAGGUAUACUAUGCAUUGAAGAAUCAGCUUGUUAUAUAAAUGAUAGAGCGAUACAAGGUUUUGUGCAUGCAUGUGUAGAACAUCAUCUUGAGGAAGGAAAUGGUAUAGCUGGGAAAGCACUUCAAUCAAAUCAUCCAUUCUUCAUUCAUGAUGUGAAGGUGUAUGACAUAUAUGACUAUCCACUAGUUCAUCAUGCACGCCGGUAUGGCUUGAAUGCUGCUGUUGCAAUCAGGCUGAGAAGCACCUACACUGGUGACGAUGACUAUAUCUUAGAGUUUUUUCUGCCUGUUAAUAUGAAGGGUAGUUCAGAACAGCAACUUUUGUUGAACAAUCUCUCCGGUACCAUGCAGAGAAUCUGUAAGAGUUUACGGACUGUGUCAGAUGCAGAAUUAGCUGGGGUAGACGGCUCUAACAGUGGUUUUGAAAGGGAGGCAGUCCCAAAUGCUCCCCCAUUCCUCAGGAGAAACUCUCAGACAACGUCAUCAGAGAGUGAAAAGAAGUCAGCUGAGAAGAUGCCCUCUGAUGUUUGUAAUAGAAAAGAUGGUGGAGUGGAAGUAGAUGUUUCUUCUGAACAGCCACCAAUUCAAUCAAAAAGGCAGGUGGAGAAAAAGCGUAGUACAGCAGAGAAAAAUGUGAGCUUAAGUGUCCUACAACAAUACUUCUCUGGGAGUCUCAAGGAUGCUGCAAAAAGCAUUGGAGUCUGCCCCACUACGCUAAAAAGGAUAUGCAGACAACAUGGGAUCUCAAGAUGGCCAUCUCGUAAGAUAAAUAAGGUGAAUCGUUCCUUGAAGAAAAUACAAACUGUUCUUGAUUCUGUUCAGGGGGUGGAAGGAGCAUUGAAGUAUGACCCAACGACUGGGGGGUUUGUGACAACAGGGUCCAUCGUCCAAGAAUUUGAUGCAGCACAGAAAAAUUUCCUGUUCCCUGAGAAGAACUUGCCUGCUCAGACUACUGUCCCAUUUCCCCAAUAUCCAGUUUCAGUAACUUCAAUGUCUUGUAAUGAUGGUGAGAGUUUGGAGAUUAAGUUGGAAGAAGAUGGCUGUUGUAUGAAUGGGGUAAUGCGGAUUCCAACUACUCAUCAGGAAGAGGAAGAGGUGAAGAAACAGAACAUCCAUGUGGUUGAUCGUAGUAUGGGUUCCAAGCCAAUUACAAUUGAUUAUGGGUCAUGCCAGCGGACUGACCAUGACAAUAUGCAUCAUAAUUGUCCUGAAAAUGCUUUUGGGGUCUCUUAUUUGGUGAAAGAAGCCAAUAAAUGGGGUCAAAGCAACGACAGUCCAAAAUUAGAGAGUUUUAACUACCAGUUUGUGUCUCAGAGCUCAAGCUCCUUGCCUGCUGCUGAUGAGAUGGACAUAGGAGUAGACAGAGAUGGGGGGAUUGUUAAUUAUAACCAGCACACUUCUUCGAGCAUGACAAACUCAUCUAAUAGUUCUGGUUCAAUUAUGCAUGGCUGUUCGUCGAGUUCUCAGAGCUUUGAGGAGCGAAAAGCCAAAGCACAAAAUGUUGAGAUUGGGUCGAAAAUCAUUGUGAAGGCUACAUAUAAAGAAGAUAUGAUCAGGUUCAAGUUUGAGCCUUCGGGUGGGUGCCUCAAACUUUAUGAAGAAGUUGCAAAGAGGUUGAAGUUGCAAGAUGGAACUUUCCAGCUCAAGUACUUAGACGAUGAACAUGAAUGGGUGAUGUUAGUAAGCGAUGCAGAUUUGCGGGAGUGUCUUGAGAUAUUGGAUGACAUUGGGACACAUAGUGUUAAGUUUAUGGUUCGUGAUAUACCUUUUGGUGUAAGCAGUUCCGGCAGUAGCAAUUGUUUUCUGGCUGGGGGAUCGUAGCAGAUUGGAAGAUGUUCAACUUCAGAAUACAUGAGAUUUCUUUUGUAGUAUAUGGCUGUAGGGCGUAGGCUUUUAUCAACAAACAAAAAGAGAAAAAAAAUCCUUAUGAUUAGUGCGUGUAGAUAUACACAUCAAUGUCGCUUAGUAAGAGAUUGAUGCCUGGGAAAAAGGCCCCUAUAUUUUGUUUUUAGCGGAGGGGGGUGUUUGUUGUUCUGUGCUCUUGUAGGUUGCACCCCCCUCUAAUCUAGCUCUGAUUCUCAUCUAUAUAAGAUUUGUGUAACAUUCAGUCAGUUUGUGAAGGUCAGGUUAAAGUUUUAAUGAACAGAUGU